AGCCAUGCAUCUUCUCCCUCACUCCUCCUCCCGUCCUUGGCUGCAACCCUGCAAAGGACAAUUAAGGCUCAAACCUCACAAGUACUUAGCAACUCCGGCUCUCUCUCCUUGCUCAUCCUCUCUAUCUCUCUCUCCCAUAUAAUCCCAAAGAAAGCUGCUAAAACCUAAAGCCGGUGGAAAGCUGCCUGCCUCCUCUCUCUCCUCCUUUGGUGUUGUCUCUGUAGCAGCCCACAAAAGCCAAGUCCAAGACCCUUUCUUCCCUCCUCCCCCUCCUUUCCAUCUCCUUUUAAUUCCUUCCGAGCUCGGGAUGUUGUUGUUGUAGAUCAUUCAUCUAUUUCUUCUCAUCACUGCGCGCCCCAUCUGGUCGAUCUCCUCUCCCUCCGUUUCCCACGACCCACUGCAGGCAUGCCAAGUAAUCUCUCUUGAUCAGGGGCGCGCGAGGAUAGGGAAAGGAGGCAGUUUUCUCUCUCUCUUUCUACUUCCAAGCUGGUAGCAAAUCAGCGAAGCCAUGCUGGGCUCGGGGGCGCCCGCGGAGGAGGAGACGGCGGAGCCGCCGUUCGGGUCGCUGCAGAUCGCCACCAGCUCCUCCGCCUUGACGAAGAGGAAGCGCCGGCCGGCGGGGACUCCAGACCCAGACGCUGAGGUGGUGUCCCUGUCGCCGCGGACGCUGCUGGAGUCUGACCGGUACGUGUGCGAGAUCUGCAACCAGGGGUUCCAGCGCGACCAGAACCUGCAGAUGCACCGUCGGCGGCACAAGGUGCCGUGGAAGCUGCUGAAGCGGGAGGCCGGGGAGGCGGCGCGGAAGCGGGUGUUCGUGUGCCCGGAGCCGAGCUGCCUGCACCACGACCCUGGCCACGCCCUGGGCGACCUGGUCGGGAUCAAGAAGCACUUCCGGCGCAAGCACAGCGGCAGCCGGCAGUGGGCCUGCGCGCGCUGCUCCAAGGCCUACGCCGUGCACUCCGACUACAAGGCCCACCUCAAGACCUGCGGCACCCGCGGCCACUCCUGCGACUGCGGCCGCGUCUUCUCCCGGGUGGAGAGCUUCAUCGAGCACCAGGAUACGUGCAACGCCGGCUGCCCCCAGCCGGGCCCGGACGGGUCGGCGCCGGCGUCUGGAGCUCCUGGAGCAGCGGCUGCCCCGUCGUCGCAGAUGCAGGCGCCACCGGCUGCGGUGUCGCUGUCCAGGUCCCGGACCGCGUCCAGCACCAGCCCGUCAAGCGACGUCGUCGUCAGCCCCGUCGCUUGGCCGGGCGCCGCGGCAAUGCGGAGCGCCGCGUUCCACCGGUUCGACCAGCAGGUACCGUCGCCACGGACGCCGCCAUCCGAGGCCCGUGGCGGCGGGCACAACCUCGAGCUGCAGCUCAUGCCGCCGUCCAGCUGCAGCACUGGAGCCAACAGUGCCGCUGCGCCUAGGCCGACAAUGCCGCCAUCACGCUACGCGGCACCACACUCCCCGCAGCUACCCAUCUCGAAGCGAGACGCUGACGCCGCCAUGCAGCUGCAACUCUCCAUCGGCAUCCGCACCGGCGGCAGCCGUGGGGAGCCCAAGCCCUUGCCCUCGAGGGGCGACGUGGCGGACCCCGGCAGCGCGGCGGCCAGGGCGGCGCAGGAGGCCCGGGACGAGCUGCGGCGGGCGAUGGCGGAGAAGGCGGCGGCGGACGAGGCGCGCGCGCAGGCGAAGCGGCUGGGGGAGCUGGCCGAGCAGGAGCUGGCCAGCGCCAAGCGCAUGCGGCACCAGGCGCAGGUGGAGCUCAGCCGCGCGCACGCCAUCCGCGAGCACGCCGUGCGCCAGGUCAACGCCACGCUGCUCCAGAUCACCUGCUUCAGCUGCCGGAACAAGUUCCGGGCCACGAGGCCGCCGCCCGCCGCCGUGCCCUCCGAGGUGGCAUGCAGCUACGUGUCCACCUCCGUCCUGACCGAGGGCGGCGACGCCGAGGUCGACGAGCCCUUCGUCCUCGACGGCAUGCGCCGGCGCUAGCAUGCAUGCCCGGCGCGAUGGAUCACCGUGUGGCUAGCUACCAGUCUUGGUCGGUCGGUCGUCUACUCGUCUAGCUUUCAGUUGCUUUUUGUUUUUACCGGCGAGCCGGCCGGGGCUGGUUUGGCCCACGGUGAGGUCAGGUGAGGUGUGGUGUAAUUAGACGCUAGCUGCUACUGUUCUCAGUCGUCUUCUGAAUCUGAUCGAGCUGCAUGAAAGCUAAGCAGUGCUAAGCUAGCUAAUUGCGACGUGCAUGGAAUCUUUCGCUUUGUUUCCUUCUCCUUGGAUCUUCUUCAAAUAUCAUUACCGAAGCUCAUCAUGCCA